AUGAAGCUGAAGGCGGGCGUGCCCCGGAAACAGGCGAAGGUCCUCGUCAAGGAGGAGGAGAGGGAGCCGGAGCUGGUGUCACCGCCUCCUCCGCCACCGCUGUGGACGCGGUCUCCGACUCCGCCUCCGCCACAGGAUGUGGCGCCGCCGCCGCCGCCGCCUCCACCGUGCCAGCCUCGACCUACGUUGGCGCCGAUCCCCGCGCCUCCAGGCUGGGGCACGCCGAUGGUGCUGCCGCAUCCUUCGCAGCAGCUGUUCUGGGGCUUGCCUCUGCUCACACGGCCAACCGCUCAGCCGUGCCCUGCAACGCCACCACCGGGAUGGAGCAUACCUACGCCGCCGCCGUCUUUCCCAGCACCGUUCUGGGGCACGCCCGUAAUGCUGCCGCCAUUGCCACCGCAUGUGGCCUGGGGCUGGCCUCCCGGCACGGCGCCGCACCGGGGCAGCAUGUUGUCGCCAGAGCACCCGCCCAUGCACCUGCAGCGAUCACCACCUCCCCUGCUGCUGCAACAGCCACCACCGCAUUUUCAGGGUCAGCCGCUGCCUGCGCUGAUUCAGACACCACCACCUCACCUGCUGCUGCAACAGCCACCGCCGCAUUUGCAGGGGCAGCCGCUGCCUGCGCUGCUUCCCAUACCACCGCCUCCCGCGCUGCAGCACUAUCCACCGCCGCACUUCGGCGGGCAGCAUCCACCUCCUGCUCUCCAUCAGGCACUACCACCUCCCAUGCAGCUGCAGCGGCCGCUGUCGCAUUGA